ACGUCCCACCUCUCUUCCCCACAUCAAGAAAAGGAAAGCAUUAGCAAGAGAGAUCAUCAGUCCGACAGUCAAUCACCAAACGUCUUCGAAUCAUCUAACCGUAGCAGAAGAAGCAGGUGCAAUGUCGCUCAUCCCAAGUUGGUUCGGCGGCCGUCGCAGCAACGUCUUCGACCCUUUCUCUCUCGACCUCUGGGACCCCUUCAAGGACUUCCCUUUCCCUUCCUCAUCCCUUUCCGCCUCUAAUUUCCCUCAAACUCUCCGGGAAAACACCGCUUUCGUCAACUCGAGGAUCGACUGGAAGGAGACCCCGGAAGCCCACGUGUUCAAGGCUGAUCUGCCCGGGCUCAAGAAAGAGGAAGUGAAGGUCGAGAUCGAGGACGAUCGGGUGCUCCAGAUAAGCGGCGAGAGGAACGUGGAGAAGGAGGACAAGAAUGAUACGUGGCACCGGGUGGAGAGGAGCAGCGGGAAGUUCAUGAGGAGGUUCAGGUUGCCCGAGAAUGCGAAGAUGGAUCAGGUCAAGGCCGCGAUGGAGAACGGAGUGCUCACCGUCUCUGUUCCGAAGGUGGAGGAGAAGAAGCCUGAGGUCAAGGCCAUUGAGAUCUCUGGUUGAAUUUAGCCUCUUGUGGUUGCAAAAACGAUAGCUUUUGUUUCCGGUAAUGUUCGGCGUCCAAUGAAUAAGUGUAACUCUGGGUUUCUUUCUUCCUUUAAUGUGUCACAUAAGAAACUGGAGGUGUUCAUGUGACUCUGUAAACAAAGUGUCAUCUCUGUUUGUGAUGUUAUAUUGUAAUUUUCUCGGGCCAUGGUGUGGCAGUUGAGUAUGAAUAAUCUUUCAUGAGUUUUGCAGUA